AUGUCUAUCACUUCACCGUCUUCUCACUGUCUUGGAGAUGAAAAUAUUGCUGAGGAACACCGCCUGCGCGCACUGAUGGUGCAACAUCCGCCUCAAAUACCGUAUUACGGCGUGUAUGUGCGUCAAGCUAGUGGCCAAGCUGGAGAUCCUGCACGGCCCAUGAGACACUGGGAACCGAGCGGCCUGAUUGACCCAAUCUACGAGGGCAAACGUCGUCAGCGGGCUGUAUCCAAAAAGGUGAAGGCCAUACGAGCAAAGGUCCAAAAGGGGCUGGACAGCGUUUCUGAUCAGCAUACCGCUUUGAACGAUUAA